AAGACAGCCCAUGAUAAACAAAUGGUUAAGCCAAAAUCAUUUGACAUUGGACAAAAAGUUUUGUACUAUGAUGCCGCCAAAAUGAAUCAAUUUUCAGGAAAAUUGGAACCAAAAUGGAAAGGACCGUAUAGGAUUCACGAAAUCUUAAUAAACAGAUCUUACAAAAUAAGGGAAAUAGAUGGACGAUUACUAGCCAGACCUGUAAAUGGCGAUCUUUAA